AUGACUCCGGAAGAGGAGCUACAGAGCAAUGUCUCUGUGGCAAGUUCUUCACCGACUAGCAAUUGCAUCUCAAGGAGCACAGCAGCAGGAGGGCUUAAAGAGCAUAACUACUUGGGCCUCUCUGAUUGUUCUUCUGUUGGAAGCUCAACUCUCUCUGGCCUUGCAGAAGAUGACAAAGCCACUAUCAGUCUCAAGGCCACAGAGCUCACACUUGGCCUUCCCGGGUCACAGUCUCCUCCGAGAGACACAGAGCUCAACUUACUGAGCCCUGCAAAGCUCGAUGAGAAGCCCUUCUUUCCUCUGCUUCCUACGAAAGAUGAGAUAUGCUCGUCUUCGCAGAAGAACAUUGCAUCAGGGAACAAAAGAGGGUUCUCUGACACUAUGGAUCAGUUUUCUGAAGCUAAAAGCUCUGUGUAUACUGAGAAAAACUGGAUGUUUCCUGAAGCGGCAGCCACACAAUCUGUAGUGAAGAAGGAAGUGACACAAAGCGUACCGAAAGGACAGUCGAGCACUACUAACAAUAGCUCUAGUCCACCUGCAGCCAAGGCACAGAUUGUCGGUUGGCCUCCUGUGAGAUCCUACAGGAAGAACACAUUGGCCACCGCGUGUAAGAACAGCGAUGAAGUUGAUGGUAGGCCAGGCUCUGGUGCUCUCUUCGUGAAGGUCAGUAUGGAUGGUGCUCCUUAUCUGAGGAAAGUUGACCUGAGGAGCUACACUAACUACGGAGAGCUUUCUUCAGCCUUGGAGAAGAUGUUCACCACGUUCACGCUUGGUCAAUGUGGAGCUAAUGGAGCAACUGGGAAGGAUAUGCUUAGUGAGACAAAGCUAAAGGAUCUUCUGAAUGGAAAAGACUAUGUGCUCACUUAUGAGGAUAAAGAUGGGGACUGGAUGCUUGUUGGAGAUGUUCCAUGGGAGAUGUUUAUUGAUGUUUGCAAGAAGCUGAAGAUAAUGAAAGGCUCUGAUGCCAUUGGAUUAGCUGCAGCUCCGAGAGCAAUGGAGAAAUCGAAGAUGAGAGCUUAA